AGAUUGGCUCAAAGUCAGGCCCCUUCAGGUGCCGUCCGAAGGCGGCCGGCACAUGUAGCUCUUCAUAUUCUUCAUACUCCUCGGCCUGUUCGCAUGGCGGCCAGACGUCUGGCGAGACAUUGGAUGCUUUGGGCGUACGUCUUUCGGAGCGACGCUGUUCGACCAGCUAAUGAGUGGACGGAGCCCCCGCCAGAAUUGGCCCUCGAGGGAGGACAUGACCUCUUCGAGCAGCUGAACAGGACCCAGCUGGAGAACAUCUUCGGCAUGAUGGAGCAGCGCGACGUGAAGCUGAGGAGCAAUCUCAAGCUCAUGCUGCAGGACAUGAAGCGCAACAACAAGGGCAUGUGCCCAACUGAAGGCAAGUGGGCGGACUUGAAGUGGAAAAAGCUGGGCUGCGCGCCCUUUGACGAAGACCUGCGAGACUUGCAUUGCACUUGCCCGCCGGUGAUGGGGCUUCGAAUCCUCCCCCGGCAGUGCGCCGACAAGACGGCGGACUUUGCAGGCAUCUUCGAGGGCGAUCCCACCGUGGCGACGGCGAAGUCCAUCUUCGCCGGGGAGUGCAAGCUGGCGCCCAUGGUGCACUACGCCGGCGCCAGCUUCACCAUCUCCCUGGUGGCGAUUCUCGCUGUUUGGUGUGUGGCCUCAGGGCGGUUCCACAAGGAGACCGAGAUCGAGGAGGAGGAGGUGAGCGAGCCGACCGCCACGGGGGAAGAUCAGGUGAUCGCCCAGAACGCGGAGCGGCGGAGGAUGGAGAUCUUCGAAGAGUUCCUGAACAACAGCAAGACGGUGAACGAGCUGGCCAAGAAGGUCUCGGCCCUGCCGCCGCCGCCCGGCUCGCGGGCCAUCGACCCGGUGAAGGGCAACAUCUAUCGGUUCUGGGCCCUCGGCGGGCGGAAGAAGACGUGGCUUCAUUGGCUCGGGCUGAGGGUGAUCUUCUUGAUCCAGCUGGUGGCUCCCUUAGCCAUCCUCCGCUGGGCGGUCUACACCUACGAGUGGGAGAAGACCGAGGUGCGCUUCGUGAAAUACGAGUUUGGAGACUACGCCUAUGGCGGCUCCCAUGUCUUUGCCAGGGUGCUGCAGGUGCUUUUUACCUACAGCAUCGUGCUGCACUGCCUCUCCAUCGUCAAGAAGGCGGCCAAAGAGAACGCCUUGCUCUACACGCUUUUCGAGAACCUGCAGAAAAUGAAGGACACGGAGAAGGGCGAGCCCUUGAAACUGGAAGUGUCCCGCUGGGCGCAGAGCUGCUUGGUCUUGGACUGCGGCAUGCUAUGCUACCUGACCACGGUUGGGCUGGUCGACAUGGUGCUGAUCUUCACCAUGGCUGGCAGCCCCAAGGACAUUUGUUUCGAUGCGCUGGGCCUGCUCUUCAUCUUCCACUUGCACGAGGUGGAUGGCGGCUUGUCCUUCGUAUCUGUGCAGGACUUCCAUGCGGAUCGGGUGGGCGAGCUGUGCUUGAGGAUUGCCCAGGAGGAGGACUUUGAGGAGGAGCAGCCGGAAGCCACGGAUGCGGACGAGGCGGAGGCGGAGGGCGCAGAGAAGAAGCCCGAAGAGAAAAGGCCAAGUGCCGAGGAGCCGGGGCUGGCGAGGCAAACCUCCGGCUCCAAAUCUCCAAGGACACCCUCCAAGAGGCUCUCAUUGAAUGGCAAGCGGCCGUCCAUGACCUUGACCUCCAAGCGCCGCUUGCGCACUUCGAUCAUUUGGAAGAUGACUGAGUUGGUGAUCUACAUCAUCCUGCUCUUCGUCCCAGUCUUUCAGCUCUUCAUCGUGGACGGCCUGCAGCCCCGCGCCGAAGGGGUGGACGCGGGGAUUUUGGGGGCCCACCUGGUGGACGACGAGGCGACGAUGGCCGACCUGGUCGUCAGACAGCGCCGCUGAGAGCAAAAAAUGCCGCGCGCGCGAGAGCUCUCGCUUGCGGAAAGAAGCUUGCCGGCACCCAGUGUAAAUUCCCGUAUUUAC